AUGAACGUCUUCCUCCUUCUCCUCCUCCUCCUCUUCUUCUUCUUCUUCUUCUUCUUCUUCUUCUUCUUCUUCUUAUUAUUAUUAUUAUUAUUAUUAUUUUAUUAUUAUCAUUUUUAUACUCCGUCUUCUCUUACGCCUUCUACUCGUCAUAUACUUUUUCUUAUUGUUUCCAGACUGUCUGGCCAUCUUCAAUCUUCUUCUUAUCUCAUUAUUAUUAUUAUUAUUAUUAUUAUUAUUAUUAUUAUUUCAUCUUCUUUAUCUUUUUACCCCUCCUCCUCCUUCUUCUUCUUCUUAUUAUUAUUAUUAUUAUUAUUAUUAUUAUUCCCUUUUCUCCAUCUCCACUUCCCUCUUCUUUGCCUUUCACUCUUCACUCCUUCCUUUCUUCUUCUUCUUCUUCUUCUCCUCCUCCUCUUUCUUCUUCUGCAUUUUCUUCUUCGCCUUAUUAUCUUCGCUCUCCUUUUUAUCUUUUUCUUCUUCUUCUCCAACUCCUCCUCCCCUCCUCCUCUUUUUUUAUCAUUAUUAUACUGCUUUAUCUUGCUACUCGACUUCUUCUUCUUCUCUUGUUGUUGUUGUUAUUGUUGUUAUUAUUAUUGUUGUACUCUGUCUUCCCUUAAAUCUCCUCCCCCGUUUUUUCUUCCUCUUCUUCUUUUGUUUAUUAUUAUUAUUAUUAUUAUUAUUAUUAUUAUACUCUUCGACUUGUUCUACUUCUUCUUUUCUGAAAAUAAUCUUCUUUCUCUUUAUGCCCAUUCUUCUUUCUCGCUUCAUUAUCCCCUCCCCCUCCUCCUCCUUGUAUUGCUCAGGUCCUUCUUCUCUUCCCCUUUCUUCCCCGCUAUCAACACCUUCUCUAACAGACCAUCCAAUACCCUCAUUCUUUCACUCUUUCACUCCCUCACUCACUCACUCACUCCCUCUCCCUCUCUCUCUAACACACACGCACAUGUUCACCCACACCCUCUUUUUUUUUCUAUUCGCUUGGCAAUUUUCACUUUACGAGAGAUUUUCUUUUGCUCACAACCUGGACGGCCACCCACUCUCACCCCACGGCGCACCCCCAAACCAACUUUUAUUUCUCCACUUUUGUUCACCCCCUCUCGCCCCCCUGCACGGUCCCUUCUAUUUGCUCAAUCAAUCAAAGUCGCUGAAGAAUUCACCCUUCCUCGCUUCUUCUCCACUACCCCCCACCCACACCAAAGCCCCCCCUCAAUCGACCCCACCCUAAACUCGUCCCUGAUAUUCACCGUCAACAUCAACUCGCCCACCUGUCCUUUUCCCCCUUUCCGGUCAUCACAACCCACGCUUCUCUAUUUCUCUUUUUCUCUUGAGUCUCUCAUGCUAUUUUUUUUUUUCUGGGCCCUGUCCUGGCCUCUGUGGAAAGGCCGACAGCCGAGACAAAGACAUGCACAGUUCCGAGAAACAAAGAAUAUCCGAGCUCUGUCUGUCUGUCUGUCGUAUUCCUCACCCAAAAGGUUUUUUUUUUGUCUCCACCUGUGCAAUAGACAUCAACGUAUGUCCAUUGUUAUGACAUCGUAA